CUGACGCAACAUAUCUACCCAAGGCGGGGGUCGCUGGCGGAAGGGAAAGGCAAUUCUGAAAGCUGCUGCUUGAGAUCCUCUUUAACUGGAGAAAUCAGGGAUGUUGCUUUUGCACACCUGUUCCCAUGACGAUCAGGUGGCAAACACUCUUCAACCCCGGCAGAUAACUACUAUUUGGCUCGAAGGAGGACCCUUCAAGUGGUGGUUAGUUCAUUGCUGACAGAGGCUGGGUUUGAGAGCUCUGAGAAGGCUGCUGUGGAGACCAUGACAGAGAUGCUCCAGAGCUACAUUUCAGAAAUUGGGAGGAGUGCCAAAUCUUUCUGUGAACAUACUGCGAGGACUCAGCCGACCCUUUCAGAUAUUGUCGUCACCUUAGUUGAAAUGGGCUUUAAUGUGGAAACACUCCCUGCAUACGCCAAACGGUCCCAGCGGAUGGUGAUCACUGCCCCACCUGUAACAAAUCAGCCCGUGACUCCAAAAGCUCUGACGGCAGGACAGAACAAGCCUCACCCAUCCCAUAUCCCUGGUCACUUCCCAGAGUUUCCGGAUCCUCACACUUACAUCAAGACACCAACGUACCGGGAGCCUGUGUCGGAUUAUCAGAUCCUGCGGGAAAAGGCUGCUUCUCAGAGACGGGAUGUUGAAAGAGCUCUGACACGCUUCAUGGCAAAGACAGGAGAGACACAAAGUCUUUUCAAGGAUGAUGUCAGCACCUUCCCUUUGAUAGCCGCCAGGCCUUUUUCAAUACCCUACUUGACAGCUCUGCUUCCUUCUGAAUUGGAGAUGCAGCAGAUGGAGGAGACGGAUUCAUCCGAACAAGAUGAUCAGACAGACACAGAGAACCUCCCCUUGCACGUGAGCACGGAUGACCCGGGAGCUGAGAAGGAGAAUGCAUCAGUAUUACAGCACAACACCUCACUUUCUGGCAGCCGGAAUGGAGAGGAGAACUUGAUAGACAAUCCCUACCUUCGCCCAGUGAAGAAGCCCAAAAUCCGCAGGAAGAAGUGAACUGUGGCAAGAUGAUGGGUGGGAUAGGAGGAAGAUUUUGGACCUCCUGUGGUCCUUGCAACUGCUGAGAUGUGGCAUGGGAAAGGCAGAAAGAUGCUGCUGGUUGAGGGCCAAAUGGAAAAGCAGUCUCUCUGGUUCAGGUCCUUUUCUCCCCAACAGUUUGUUAUAUAACUUAAGGUGAAGUCUGAAAUGCUCACCUAGAAACAUGGAAAUCUAUCUGUCUCUUCCAGGGAACAGCUUGCAGUACUUACAGCAUCUCUUGCCAUCCUCAAGUGUACCUUCUUUUUUUUGAGGACUGCAGACAGAUUAGCAGGAAAUGCAAAAUACUUCCUCACUUUUUGCCAGGUCUCCUGGAACUUCAGAAGGAGAAUCAUCUCUCAUCUCUGCUUGCCUUUCAUAUGUGCUACUCAUCCUGGGAUUCAUGCCACAUCACCUUGCUAAAUAUGACAUGUUUGGAUGAGGGGUAGCCAAGGGCAUCAGCUGGAUAUUCACUGUUGUGCCUUUGCAAAAGAUGAGGCUGUUCAGAACCACACAAUUUCUAAAGUCUGUGUGCUUGGAGCUGAGGGUUUGGUCUGAUCUUAUCUCUGGUUUGAAUUGUCGGGAGAGCUGAGCAGAGAAAUUUGAUGGUGGCAGAGCAAGAAGAGAAACAUCCCAGCAGAUCUGCAAUGCUUGACAGCACAAGACAACUCACUUUUUACAAGUGCAUGUUGAUUGCGGAUCUUGUUUUCACCUGGAUGAGAGAGCUCUUUGUUUAGAAUCAUAUUGCCUGUGCAUUGGCUCAAAGUCUUAGAUUUAUAUUCUCCUUGGCAAUAAAGCAGCAGUUUUUCUACCUUUCUCUUGUCUCCAAGUAACGUUGACAAAGGCUGUAUUUCUGUCUGUGAUAGGAGACAGGGAAAAAGAUGCCACCCAGAAUGCAAUUAUAAGUUGUCCACCCUCCUUGAUGUUGAUGGCUGGGGGUGUGGGUGGAGGUGUUAGGAAUGUUCAUGGUUGCCUCUACUUCAGUCUCCCAUCAGCAGAGAGAAGCGAGAAACUACUCUCUUCCCCCAACACCUUCCAUCCUGGCCAGCAUGUGCCAGCAAGGCCUGGGAUGUAGCAGUAGAUUCUGCAUCACUCCCUGACUCCAUCUUCAAGUGUCACUUGCUAUUUGUAUUAUAUGCCUAUCAGUACACUAUCCUAAAAUAUGCGAUUGAAAAGAAAAAAAGAAAAAGACCACACCUUGUUUUUUUUUCUUCAAAGUUUCUGAUUACCUUUGGGGAAUUUAGUUUUACAUCACCUGCUUCUGGAAGGAAAUAAAGAACAGUGAGAUUGCCUAAAGAAACCUGGUUCAGAUG